AAGGAGAUAAAAAUAAAUAAAGAAAUGCCAAAAGAAGCCUGCAAGGAGAUAAAAAUAAAUAAAGAAAUGUCAAAAGAAACCUGCAAAGAGAUUAGAAUAAAUAAAGAAAUACCAAAAGAAACCUGCAAGGAGAUAAAAACAAAUAAAGAAAUGCCAAAAGAAACCUGCAAAGAGAUAAAAAUAAAUAAAGAAAUGCCAAAAGAAACCUGCAAAGAGAUAAAAAUAAAUAAAGAAAUGCCAAAAGAAACCUGCAAAGAGAUAAAAAUAAAUAAAGAAAUGCCAAAAGAAACCUGCAAAGAGAUAAAAAUAAAUAAAGAAAUGCCAAAAGAAACCUGCAAAGAGAUAAAAAUGAAUAAAGAAAUGCCAAAAGAAACAUGCAAAGAAAUAAAAAUAAAUAAAGAUAUACAAAAAGAGAUCUGCAUUGAAACGAAAAUAAAUCAAAACACAACUAAAGACACAAGUAGGGAAAUAAAUAAAGACAUUUCAAAGGUAACUAAUUUUGGUUUAGAAUCAAAUCUUGAUAAAGAGAAAGCAGUAAAGUUUAUUUCUCCUGUAAAACAUUUUGAUGAAAAGAUUGUAGAAUUAGAUUUAAGUAAAUCAUUUGCUUUAAAUACGGUUCCAUCACGAAAGCAUCAUAAAAUUGAGUUACCAAAAAGUGUUAUUAUUCAUGAACAUAUAUUGGAAUGUCGUCCAAAGGUUGAAAAGUUAAAAAAAAAACACAAUGAAAAAGAAUUAAAGCGCAAACAUAGUUUCCCUGCAACAACAACAACAACAGCAGUUAAAAUAGCAAAGCUAGAUCAAACAAUUUGCAAUUUGAAAGAAGUUCAAAAAUUGAGUGCUGACUCAGCUCAGCCCUCAACAACAUUAGAUGAAGAUAAAUUUGUUUCUUUAAAAACUGAGCAUCUAGCUGAAAAGCUUGAGAGCACUAGUAAUCUUUCAUUAAAUUUAAAGAAAGUUAAAGUUAAAAAGCAAGUUAACAUUACACAACAACACUCUUUUAACCAAGAGUUACCAAGUAAACAAAAGCUACUGAGUAAACAAGACUCUGAAAUUGAAUUAGAUAAUGAAUUAUCAGCAACAUUACAACCUGAAGAUUCACAAAUCAGAGAAAAUAUAAGUUUAUCUUCACAUGAAAUAUUGAACAAAACAGUUUGUUCUGCUACAAAACAACAUAAUGAUAAGUAUUGUGAAUUGUCUAAUAAAACUUCAGAGUUACCACUUUGCAAUGAAGAACAGCUUCAGUCAGUGUCCUUAGAUGCUGAAAAUUUACUUAAAGAAAAAGUGGAAAUAAAAAUGGUUUUCAAGGAAAAUACACCUUCAAAAAUAAAAUGUUCUAAUAAACCAGAUGAAAACAAAAAAGAUCUUGGUUUAAUUGAUGAAGUACAGAGCAAGAAAGAUUCUGCUAAGCCUGACGACGUCAAAAAAGAAACUGUUAAGUUUGAUGAAAUACAGAAUAGAAACCUAAAGACUUCUGAAAAAAAUAAAUCAAAUGAAAACUGUCUUUCAAAAGAUGUUGCAAAAUGUUUAGGAAAUCAAACAUCUUUGCCAGUAAGUGAUGAGCUGUUAUCUAUUAAAAAGCAUAAACUUGAAUAUCAUGAAAGAUUUAAAAAAGAUGAAGAUUCCAUGUCUGAAUCCAAGUUUGCUUUUAAAGGAAAUGCGUUUAAGAUUUCUAAUAAUAACGCUGGGUUGAGUAACACUAGUAACAUAAGCAACAAAAAUCCGCCAAUAUUAAAAUCAAAGGAAGGUAGCAUAAAACUCAAAGAAUUUGAUAUAAAUAUUGGAAUGGGAAUAACUGCACUAAAGGAACUUGAAGAAGCAAAUAGAAGAAAACGAAAACAAAUGUUAGCUAAACAUAAAGAUACCAAAGAAGUAAAAAGUGCUAUUAAAGAACCAAUUAAAGAAACAAAAAAUAUUGUGAAAGAGCUGAAUAAAUGUGAUGAACCUUCUAAAAAAGUUUUAAAGAAUGAAGAUGAUAGCAAAAAUUUAUUAAAAAUAAGUUCCUAUUCUAAUUCUAAUCAAAAAUCAAAAACAUCUGAUAUUUCACAAAGUUUGGAAAAUUCUACAAUAAAAUGCAUUGAUAGCCUAAUUAAAAAAAGCGAAUCAAAUAAAGUAACAGUUGUAGAUCAUCCUUUUCUGAUAACAAAACAAGAAGAUAAGACAGGCGUUAAUUAUAAAAAAUCAUUUGAACAAGAUAUAGUAAAGAUUUUGAUAACAAAUGAAUCAGAAAAUUGUUUAGAAAAUGAGAAUGCUGUUGGUAAUUUGUUAGGUAUUGAGGAUUCAAUAGAUGAUGAAAAAUCAGUUUUAAAAACAUCUUUUGAUACAGUGAGAGAAAUCAAAAAUAACUUUCAAAAUACAUUAAAUUUUCAAAGCUUUGCAGACAUAGAUGCCUUUUCUACAGAUCGCAAAAAUAAAAAUGACUUAAUUCCUUUUGAAAAAAACAUCUUUCAAGUAGGAAGAAGUGACCAAAUACAAAAAGGACUUAUAUCAAGUGUUGAAGAAAAAGCACUUAAAGAUGAUAAAUGCUUACCAAAUAAACUUAAUUGUACUGAACCUGUGCCAUGUAAUAGGGAUUUUAAUCUAAAUCUAAAAUCAAAGGAUAGUUCUUUAGUUAACAAUAGCUUAAGAGAUCCAUUAGUUACAGAAAAUGCUCCUGACUAUUUCCUGCCAACUUCAAAUUUUUCUACUUUGGCUACUUAUCAAAAUCCUCUAAUUGUGGAAAAAACUUUUUGCACUGACAACAAAUCAAGUGAUUUGUUGUUAAGCAACCAUUUAACUGAACAAUUCAGAAUACUUCAAGCUUCACAAACUAUACUUCCAGAAAAUGAAAUUAUUAGCAAAGUUGGAGACUGCAUUUUAGAAAUGGAUACAACUGGACAUACUUAUACUAUGCGUGAAUUUGUUCCGGUUACUUCUACUAAUUCCUUUCCUUUUCUCCAAAAUUUACGCUUAGGAAUGGAAUCGUGCACUACCUUGCAUUUUAGCUCUGAAAUUAAACCCAAAGAACCUGUAUUAAUUUCUGAAGUAGUAUCUUCACAUUCUAAUACAAGCACCAACAGUAAACAAAACACUGUACUUCCACUUUCUAACAUAAUAGCAACCAGUUUAAAAAAUAUUGUACCUUCGCUGUCUAAUCUUCUUGCCAACAGUGCCCAAAACAGUCCUUCACUUAAUAGUAUGAUAACUAGCUGUUUGCAAAGCUCUGUAUCUUCACUUUCUAGUUUAGACACCAAUAGUCAUCAAACAUCAUCUUUAAUUGAACAAACUCAUUUUACAGAAAGUUCAAACCGUAAAACUUUAAAUACAAUUUCAAGUAAUGAAUUUAGCAAUUUUUCUGCAUCAUUUAGCAGUGAUUUUAACCAUCUUAAUGCAACUUUAGGCAGCGAUGUUCUGCGUGUUUCCACUUCAAGUGACGAAGUAUUUUUAACUUUGAAUGAUGACAGUAACCAGUUGAAUGCAUUUUCAAAUGAUGGAUUUCAACAUUCAACUGAAACUGUAAGUGAUAGUUUUAAUCAGCUCAAUUUGUUUUCAAGUGGCACAGAGAAUUUGGUGAGGCAAAAACGUUUAAUAGUGCCAACAGAUGUUUCUUUUGUAAAUCAAUCUGAACCCAAUCAGUUUAGUACUGUUAAAAAAUUGACUUCUAUGUCAUCUAAAUUAGAUGAAAAAUUAUAUCCGUUAAAUUAUUUAUCAGGCAAUGACCAAUUGUCUUCAUAUCAAGAAAGUCAUAAAAUGAACUUAAAGCAAAAUUUAUCUACCUCUAAAAAUUCUUCAAGUUUCAAAGAAAUGUUAUUUGAAAAAGUACCUGUUUCUGUUAACAGAGAUUUAUUUGAAAUGGACAAUCUUGAUGAUCCUCAUAAAGUUACGUUUAGCUCUUGGCGACAAGUUAUGAAAACUAAUUGUUUGCAACUUAAUAGAAGUAAUUUAACCAGUUCUUUAGGAUUGCAAAUCUUAGAAAUCUUUCAAAUCCCUUCACAUGAAGAAAUAGUUAAAAAGGCUGGUAAUAAUGAAAAACUUAAAGAUUUAUUAUUGAAGCAUGCAUCAGAAGAGGAAAAGUUGCGAUUAUCUUUGCUUCAAGAAAUUUCACGUGUUGAAUGCAAUUGUAAACUUCAGAAGGAAGGAAAAGGACUGGCCAGUGUUAACCUAGCACUAUACUUUCAAAAUGACGAGCUUACUAAUUCACUUGAUACCACGCUAAGCUUUAGGCAUAAGUCUUCACAUUUACCUGAUAUGGAUAAACUUUUGGCUGCACGCCUUGAAGCUUUGAAAGAUAAAUACCUACUGCUAAAGGCUUCUUUAAUAAGCAGACAUCAAUUAGAAAAAGACACACUUUGCCAAACACAGCGAUUUGAAACGCAGCUAAAUUAUAAAGAAAUAUUGAGGCAGAGGUAUUUACAUCCCCAUGGUAAAGUGUUUUAAAAGUGAAGUUAUAUUUGUAAAUAAAUUAUUUAAUUUUACAUCAGUAUUUUCUACACGAAGAUAUUUAUAGUUUAAAAUUGUAAAUAUGUUUUUAACAUGAUGUAAAUACAUAACUUAUAUAUA